AUGUCGAGUUUUGUGCAGUGGAAUUUUCGUGAUGAAUAUAUAGAUACUAUGCUUGUUCACUUUGUUUAUAAUCAAGAUUUCGAGCGUUCAGAUGAAGCUAAUAUUAAACUUUUAAUUCUUUCGCAUCAAUUUGCUCAUAAUGGAUUUCCUGCAAUUUAUGUUGACAAUCCUCCACCUGAUAUGGCUCAAAGGAAUGUACCGGGUGUUUUAGUAUUUGAUUUUUAUAAAAAAGGCAUUGGAAUUCCAAACUGGUCAAAAGUUACAACAAUUGAUUGGAUUAUCGAACAUGAUUUGGAGCCAAAAUUGUGGAUUUUAUUACAGAGAGCAUUGACAUUAAAAUUAUAUUACGAAAAAAUCGAUCAAGACUGUCUUUAUUUUUCAUCUUACAUUCUCGUUCCGAAAUCGAAAAAUUGGCCCAUACCAUCACUAUAUAGGAUAUAUCCACUAUUCAGAGCCCAUAGAAUUUACAUUAGAAUUACAUGCGAACUAAUUCCUUCGUUAUGUGUCGAAUUUCCACAAGUACCACCAAUAAAUAGCUUCAUUCUUGUACCACCUAACGAACAACCAUACAAAAUCAUAUCAACUUACGGUACAAAAUUAAAAUUAAUUUCUCCCAUCAAAGAUGACUACAGAACAAUCGAUAUUACAAUUACAAAGUUUGUUCUCGUAGCAAAUCCUCCACGUUCCUUACAACUUUUCUUUUCUCCAGAAGAAAAUGAGCCAAUUAAGACUUCAACAAGGGUUUUUCAACCUCCAAAGACAGAUGAGAGCGUUAUAGAAGAAUUCUAUUCGAAGAUCAAACAAGAAAGUAAAGAAAACUCUAAACCAACCCAAAUUAAAAAUACAUUUGAAACAAUUUUGAACGAAAUUGCCUCAAAUGAUGAAGAACUAUCCCAUAUCAAGCAGUCAUUCAACAGAUGUUACGAAAUACCUAUGUCCAUUGAAGAAACGAAUUUACAAUACCAAGGAAAAAUUGUUUAUUCGUUAAAUUUCAAUCCUCACAUUUUCUGCAAUUCCUAUGCCCCAUCAGACAUCCAAGCAUCACUCUCCGAUGCUCAUAUCCAGCAAAUAGACACUCCUUCGACAAUUAUCAGUCGAGAUGGAGGAAAUUAUUCUGAAACCGCGUCAACAUUAAUAAACACAUGGGAAGACAAAAAAUGUUCACCUGUUUACGGUCAGAAGGAUGGUUCUUUCAUCAUAUUCUAUGAAACUUGUAUAAGUAAGAACGCAAUAAUUACAUUCUUCGACCAAUUAACUCAUCAUUAUUCUCAUUUCGGUUUUGGCAAAAUGACACUUUUUUCUCAACAACCGGGAUUGAAUGAAGUGAGUUCUGGCCAAACAUUUGUUGCCGCCGCAGAGUUCUACAAGAGGAAUGAGCUUGUUUUCCACAGAGAACACCACGUUUUCGUUUAUUUGGUGACGAAAUCUUACGAAAUGUCAAAAAUUGACGGAAAUUUCGGUUAUGUCAAUUUUACUGAAAAUGACAUUCAAAACUCCACGGACAGUGACAUUAAGAUGCGUGCAUUUGAACUAUAUGCAACUCUCCGGGGAAUGCAAGAUUCACCAUUUGGCAGAAUGCAAAAUUUCCAAAUGGAACCACCUGAUUUUUUGUUUGGAUUCAGAUAUCAACCACCUUUUGUUUUGAACCGAGAAAACCAACAUUUAUCAAUUCACAUUGCUUAUAAUCAGAGAACGUUUGACUCUGUUUGGGUUGAUGACAUCGGAUCAGCUAUGACUAGGUGGUAUGUUCCAAACAAUUCCGCAAUUAUCCACGCGAUAAGUAGUAUAUGGGAUUUAUGUGAGAAUCGAGGAAUUGACGUUGAUUUCAACAUCAUUUAUGUAUAUGAGUAUGUCACUGAAGACACAUUUAGUAGUUUGAUGGAAGAGAUUAGGAAUAAUACCAAAAACUUAGAAUCAGUUAUUUCUGUUUAUACUGUUUAUCCUUCUCCUUUUGUUCAGAUUUCUAUCCAAUCUGAUUUGUCUAUGAUUAGAGAUACUGCUGAUAUGAUUAUUGAGACAAAUUACCCUGAAAUAAUGAAUCCAGGAAAAGAAAUGUAUAAUCCAAAUAAAUGUGCAUUUGUUGUAACACAAAGAAUGCAAACUUAUCAAGUUUGUUCUCUUAAUAAUCCAGGAUUCAAUAAUUUCAGUAGAUUUGUUAGACAAUUGUCAAGAUUAUCUUGGCUUUCCGCAAAACCGAACUUUCCUCAGAGAACUUCAUCAUUGCCACCUCAUAUUUUAAGAAUUUUGAUGCAAUCUGAUACUGAUGUGUCUGUGUUCACAAGAUUUAUCUUUUCUCCAGAUGCUGCUAGUAUGUAA